GCGAAGCUGCUGGUUGUUGUGUUUCUCUGCUGUCUGCGCGUUUGGAAGUCGUCAGUGGAGAUUAAAUCAAAUAAAAUUUGCCUGAGAUCUUUUUACUUCGUGUUUCAAAAAGUUGAGCAUGCCUGCAGAGAGGAAACCGAUGCGAUACGGGCACACGGAGGGACACACAGAUGUCUGCUUUGACCACACAGGAAAGUACAUCGUGACCUGCGGCAGUGACGGUGAUGUCCGAAUCUGGGAGAGCCUGGAUGAUGAUGAUCCUAAGUCCAUCAAUGUGGGAGAAAAAGCCUAUUCCAUGGCCUUGAAGGAUGGGAGGCUAGUCACGGCAGUUUCCAACAACACGGUUCAGAUCCACACUUUCCCUGACGGGGCUCCGGACGGGAUCCUAACCCGCUUCACCACCAACGCGAACCAUGUGGUGUUCAGUGAGAGCGGCACGCACGUGGCUGCCGGUUCCAGUGACUUCAUGGUGAAAGUGAUCGAGGUGUCGGACAGUAGUCGGCAGAAGACCCUGCGAGGGCACAACGCCCCAGUCCUGAGUGUCGCUAUCGACCCCAAGGAUGUCUACCUGGCUUCUUCAAGCUGUGAUGGCUCAGUUGCUGUCUGGAAAAUCUCAGAGCAGACCCAGGUGAUCAGCUGGAACGUGUUGCAGAAAUCCAGUGACGUGAGCAAUGCCAAAUCGAUCUGUCGCCUGACCUGGCAGCCCUCCAAUGGAAAGCUGCUGGCUGUUCCUGUGGACAAGGCUGUGCAGCUCUACGAGAGAGACUCCUGGAACAAUGUGUUUAAUCUUUCAGAUGACUUCAUCACGCAGCCGGUCAAUGUGGUCUCCUGGUCUUCAUGUGGGAAGUUCCUGGCUGCAGGGAGUGUUGGUGGCUUCAUGUCUGUGUGGAAUGUGGAGACUAAGGAAUGCUUGGAGAGGGAGAAGCAUGAGAAAGGCUACACAGUGUGUGGUCUGGUUUGGCACCCAAGUGGAAGUCAGAUUGCGUACACCGAUACUGAGGGCUGCCUGGGUCUGCUGGACGGGUUGUCUUCUGGCGUGGCAAAGACUCCUAUGACCGCUGCUGCUGGCAAGGAAGUGAAGGACUACGACGACCUGUUUGACGGAGACGAUGAUGGGCUACUGGAAGAGGACCCGAGUGAGACUCGCUCGCCUCCGAAACGCCCCCUCCUGGAUGACGAGGAUGAAGAUGACCUCAUGCCAUCACUCAGCCGCCCCCGGAAACGCGGGGCCAUUCUAGACGACGAUAACUCUAUGGAUGUGGGAUCCCUGAAGCUUGGCGUGGGGAAGGACGGGGAGGAUGAUGACAGUGCCAGCCUGGUUCAGCUGGCUCCGGUAUCCUCUGCACUCCGGCCAGCCUACGAGGGCCCCUUGCCCACCCCCCGGCAGAAACCCUUCCAGACCGGCUCCACACCUGUGCACCUCAUGCACCGAUUCCUGGUGUGGAACUCGGUGGGGAUCGUGCGGUGCUACAACGAUGAGCAGGACAACGCCAUUGAUGUGGAGUUUCAUGACACCUCUGUGCAUCACGCUAUGCACCUCACCAACAGCCUGGGAUACACACUGGCAGACCUGUCCCAGGAGGCUGUGCUGCUGGCCUGCGAGAGCACAGACGAACUUGCCAGCAAGUUGCAGUGCCUCCACUUCAGCUCAUGGGACACUAACAAAGAGUGGAUGGUGGACAUGCCCAAGGAGGAGGAUGUACAGGCGCUGUGUCUGGGCCAGGGCUGGGCUGCAGCUGCUACCAGCGCCUUGCUGGUGCGGAUCUUCUCCAUGGGCGGCAUGCAGAGAGAGAUCUUCAGCCUGCCGGGGCCCGUAGUCUGCAUGUCUGCGCACGGGGAGCAGCUGAUGAUAGUCUACCACAGAGGCACAGGGUUCGAUGGCGACCAGUCCUUGGGAGUUCAGUUGCUGCAGUUUGGGAAGAGGAGACGACAGAUUCUGCAUGGAGACCCCCUCCCCCUCUCCAAGAAAUCGCACUUGGCCUGGCUCGGCUUCUCUGCUGAAGGCACCCCAUGUCAUGUGGACUCGGAGGGGGUGGUGUACAUGUUAAACCGGUCCCUGGGAAACACGUGGACCCCUGUUUGUAACACUAGGGAGCACUGCAAGGGCAAAUCGGACCAUUACUGGGUAGUGGGAAUCCACGAGAACCCACAGCAGCUCAGGUGUAUCCCCUGUAAAGGUGCCCGGUUCCCCCCCACGCUGCCUCGCCCUGCUGUCGCCAUCCUGCCCUUCCAGCUGCCAUACUGUCAGAUCGCUACGGAGAAGGGGCAGAUGGAGGAGCAGUUCUGGCGCUCCAUGCUCUUUCACAAUCACUUCGACUUCCUGGCUGUGAGCGGGUACGAGUUUGACGAGGCUGGAAAGAGCCUGGUGCAGAAAGAACAGCAGGAGCUGCUCAUGAAGAUGUUUGCACUGUCGUGUAAGCUGGAGCGGGAGUUCCGCUGUGUGGAGCUGGCAGAGUUGAUGACUCAGAGCGUGGUGACUCUGGCUAUCCGCUACGCCUCGCGCUCCAAGCGAAUGGCGCUCGCUCAGAGACUCAACGAGCUCGCCCUGGAGAAGGCAGCUGAGAUCACCGCCCAGCAACAGGAAGAGGAGGAGCAAGAGGACUUCCGCAGCCAUCUGAAUGCUGGUUACAGUACAACUGACUCAGAAUGGAGUCAGCCUCGAGUUAUGAACCAGAGGCGGCAGCAGCAGCCUCAUGCGGAGGAGGAGGAGGAGGAGGAGGAGGAGGAGGAGGAUGCAGGAGCUGAGGAAGAGACACCUGAGUGCGAGAUGAUGGAGGCGGACGAAGUUCCAGAGACAAAGAAACAGAGGCUGAAUCCCUUCGGCAAAGCCACCAGUUCACCUGAAAAGCCAGCUCCAAAGCCUGUGCUGAAGGCCACCAAAGAAGGACGAGUCAACCCUUUUAAGGUCGCGGGUGUUGUGAAGUCCCCUGGCUUCACUGCUGGACAGCCCCGCACAGCAAACAUCCUGGACAGCAUGGCCAAAUCCACCAAGAAGCCAUCUGCCCUGGGCGGCCAGGCAGCCAGCAAACAGAAAUCACCUGUGCUGAAGCCUCUGCUGCCCAAACCGAGGACCAAGACCCAGGCCACAUUAUUUCAGACGGGUCCUAAAACUGCAAGUAAAAAGACAGAAGAAAAACCAAGCAAAGAGGAAAAGGAGAGCAGAGUUCAAUCAGAGAAUCCUGUCCAUGCUGCUGCUGAAAACACAGAAAAUAGAAAGCCAAAGACGGGCUUCCAGCUGUGGCUGGAGGAGAACCGGAAGGGGAUUCUGGCGGAUCAGCCCGAUCUGGACGAGGCUGAAAUCAUCAAGGAGGGAAUGGUCCGCUUCCGGGCGCUGUCUGCCAAAGACAGGCUGUCCUUGACAGAGAAGGCGAAAGGAGGAGCUGUGGGAGACUGUGCCGAGGUGAAGAAGAGAAAGCGAGUGGAGGGAGAAGGUGGAGAGGUACUGGUGAACGAGACUGCUGAAGGGGACGCAAAUUCAUCCAAGAAAAAGAAACCACUGGACACUUCCUCCAAGCUCUCUGCGUUUGCAUUCAGCAAGGAUUGAGUUGCUUGGACUGCCCUGGAGAGUUAAGUGUCGGAAGAAAUCUGUUGAUACGUUUUUAAAAGUGUUGUAAAUGUCUGUUUCCCAGUUGGGUCACCUUUUCACCUUUUUGAUGCCUUCAGUGUCUCACAGCUCUGUUUUAUUUUAGUCCCCAUGCUGAACAACUGUUGGAUAUAAAGCACUUGCACUGAUAUUAAAAAAAAUGUUUUGUCUUUUUGACCACCAUUUGUCUGUCCUGUGAUGCCCGGUCUGGUGGCGCUGUAGUUUUUGAACUAUAGUCUAUAAUACUCAAAAUUCUGGAAUAGGCAGAUAUAGUAACACUGCACACACUUAGGACGGUUUGUGUUCAAGUUGAGAACUCCUGGCAGCAUGUGUGUUACAAACAACAUUCCAUUUGCGGAAGGUGGAUAGAACAUUGUGGGGGACAAUGGUUGUGUGUGUUUGUUUUGUUUGUUUUUUUGCAGGUUCCUCUCCAGUGUCUUUUGGUUUGAGUUGAAGGGACAUUUACUGUUGAAAUCACCUGCUAAGUCAGCCGUGCUUUUGCAUUACUGUUUGUUAAAAACAGUGUUGUUUCUCUUGCUGUUUUUCAUUUAAAAACGCUGAAAUUUAAAGUGGGGUAAAAAUGUGAUGCAGUUAGUAUCUUGAAUAUCUCUUCUGUGUUUUGGUAUUACACCAAAGAGUGUGACUCAUCAUGUUUUGUAUUUGUAGUUUUAAGUGUUUUAUAAUGC